AUGUCGACCGACUACUCAAAAGAGCUCAAUGUUGCCCUCCUCGCCGUCCAGCGCGCCGCCAUCUUGACCAAGCAGGUCUUCCACAGCCACGCCAAGGGCACCCUCAACAAGUCAGAUGCCUCCCCCGUCACCAUUGGCGACUUUGGCGCCCAAGCUCUGAUCAUCGCCGCCAUCAAGGCAAACUUCCCCGAUGAUGAGGUCGUUGGUGAAGAGGAGGCCAAGGACUUGCGUGAGAACGCUGACCUCAAGAAGACCGUCUGGGACUUGGUCAAGGAAGCUAAGCUCGACGACGAUGCUGCUGAAAAGACUCUGGGAGGCCCCAUCGAGAGCGACGACCGCAUGCUCGAUGUCCUCGACAUGGGCGCCAGCCAGGGUGGAAACAAGGGCCGUAUCUGGGCUCUCGACCCCAUCGACGGCACCAAGGGUUUCCUCCGUGGCGGCCAGUACGCAGUCUGCCUUGCCCUCAUGGUCGACGGCGACGUCAAGGUCGGUGUCCUCGGAUGCCCCAACCUUCCCAUCGACGACAGCGCCCCUCUGACCGAAGACCUCGGUGCCAAUGCCACCGACUCCGAGGGCAAGGGUGUCCUCAUGUCCGCCAUCCUGGGCAAGGGCGCCGACAGCCGCCCUCUCACGCGCGGCGCCCUCAAGGACGCCACCACCAUCUCCAUGAAGACCGUCGACGACAUCAGCAGCGCCACUUUCUGCGAAUCCGUCGAGGCAGCCCACAGCGCUCACGGCGACCAAGCUCAAAUCGCCUCCAAGCUCGGCAUCACCAAGCCUUCAGUCCGCAUGGACUCGCAAGCCAAGUACGCCAGCAUUGCCCGCGGUGCCGGUGACAUUUACCUGCGUUUGCCCGUCAAGAAGGACUACCAAGAGAAGAUCUGGGAUCACGCUGCUGGAGACUUGAUUGUGCGCGAGGCUGGUGGUGAGGUUACUGAUGCUCAGGGCAAGCGUCUUGACUUUUCGGUUGGCAGGACGUUGAAGAACAACAAGGGUGUUGUUGCUGCCCCCAAGGCUGUUCACGCUAAGGUCCUCGAGGCUGUUACCAGCGUGCUCUCGGCCAAGCAGUAG